AUGUCAUCGGUCGAGUCAACAGAGAGAAUAGAAAUACUUCUGAGUAAUCUCGAGAGAAAUAUUGAAACAUUUAAAUCAGCUCAUGACAUUUUAGAUCUAAGCAAGGAUCUCCUACAAGAUGGGAGUACACCAGAACCAGCACAAGUUCGAUUAUCGAAAAGAAACUACAUAAUAGACUCGUUCAAUUUGGAAAAAACUCAUAAGCAGUACAAGAACUGGGAAAACGAAACCAGGUUAGCAUUUAUCAAGGAGGAUAUUGUCAGCUAUAAUCAAGUCGUUGCUAAAAUAGCUAACGUCAACCAAAAGUUGGAUGAGUCUAGCAAUUCCUAUGAGGUGUUGGCAAAAAAUAUCAAGAUACCAGACUUUACUAUAAGCAUCAAAACUUUGGAAAACUAUGGCGAUGAAGAAUUGCUAGAGCUAGGGAGACUGUAUCAAACAGCAAACUUACAGUUGGUACAACUAUUUUCGCUAAAUGCCGCCAAUGAGAACAAACUCUUUCCUGAUUUCCAAGUCAUCCAAGAAUUGAUCAAUAUAGAGUUUAGAUUGCGGGUCGAAAAACGGGUGCAUUUGGAAAUAUUGAUGUCGAUGAAAAACAAAAUACAAACUCAGAAUAAGUCUUGGACGGUGAGGGAUAACCAAUUGAGGGAGUUCAUUGAUAUUAAGGUGCAACAAAUGAUUGAAACGGUUGAAAAGGCUAAUGCAGAGGAUAAUAAAGCAAGAGGAGAAGAAGAAGAAGAAGAAGAGGACGAUGAUGAUGAUGAUGAGGAUGAGGAUGAGGAAGAAGAAGAGGAGGAGGUCGUCCGUGAAUUGGACAGUGAUGAUGGCGAUGAAGAAGAUGGAGAUGGAGUGGAAAAAAUCGAAGAUGACGGCGAAGCAGGCAAAAUGGUGUACGAAAUGAACAUAGAAAAUAAGGAGGAUGUACUUAAUUACUCCGAGGCAGAUGCUCAUCGAGAGCUUGACGCCAGCGUGAACGAGAUAGAACCUAACCAGCUAGAAAGACUACACGACAAUUACUCCCAAACUAUCAACACACCAGUUGAAUCUGGCAGUGAAGAUGAUGAAAUGUUAAUAGAUCAUUGA